AAAGUUUAGUUUUGGGUACCGAAGAGAGCGAGCUUAGGUCAGAGCCAUGAGAACUCACACUAAACCUGCUUCCUCUCUUCUCCUAACAAUAAUAACAUGUCUCAUUCUUCUCACCUUUUCUAUUCCCACCCAAUCCGAGGUUAUAACCUUAACCUCUGACACGUUCUCUGAUAAGAUCAAGGAGAAAGACACUGCAUGGUUUGUGAAAUUCUGCGUUCCCUGGUGCAAGCACUGUAAGAACCUGGGUUCAUUGUGGGAUGACUUGGGGAAGGCAAUGGAAGGAGAAGAUGAAAUAGAGAUUGGAGAAGUGGAUUGCGGUACUGAAAAGCCUGUCUGUAGCAAAGUUGAUAUUCAUUCCUAUCCUACCUUUAAGGUUUUCUAUGAUGGCGAAGAAGUUGCCAGAUACCAAGGUUCAAGGGAUGUUGAAUCAUUGAAAUCCUUUGUUUUGGAAGAAGCUGAAAAGGCAGCAGCAAAAGCACAGCUUGACAGUGGUAAAGAAUUAUAACAACUUUUAAGUCAUUACCUGGGGAUUGCAACCAGCUCUUUACUGCAGGCGGUGCAUAUCACAGAUUAGUAAUCAUCGCUGGGUUCAGGUUGAGCUUAGCGAAGAUCCAUUCUGCUCUGCUCUGCUCAUUGUUUGUUUGACGUCGUAGUUGUGAAUUUAGAACUAAUUUUGCAUAGUGCCACAUACUGUUUCUUUUAUACUUUACAAAACUGAUAACAUCUUGUUCACGUUAAAGUUUCAAUACGAUGGUCGUUGAUGUUUAAUCAGAAAUCAUGCUUGAGGAUUUGUUCUUCU